GAGCAUCUUUGCCAGGCUGAGUUUGCAGGAAAACCCCAGCGGAAGCGCAGGACUUCAACCUUCCUUCCACGCUGCUUUGGCUCUAUCGAACCCCUCAAUUCCUCCCAGUUUUACCUUCUAAGGGAGAGGUUUGGGAUGUGGCUGUUCCUGGAGGGACCUGGAGUGUUCCCAGGGGCCUGAUCCGGACCUGCUCGAGGCAGGACACCACAGCGAGCGUCCUGCUGCCGCCUGUACCCAUGGAGCAGCCUCCCGAGCAGGAAGGGACGACCCCAGCCCCUUCCAACGGUGACGGGACCUCCCAGCUCCCGGAGGAGGCCGUCGGUGAGGAUGAAAUGCCGGCUGGCGGCCGGGAGAGCCCAGCAGCAGCCGGGCAAGCCGCCACACCGUGCGGCGGGGAGGAAGAUGUGCCUUCCAGCCCCGGCGUGGGGCAGCCGGGCUGCGCCCCUCCUCUCCCCUCUGAUGAGCAUCCGAGGGAAGAUGCUCGGGAGAAGCGGCCCGAAGAGGGUGGGGGGUCCCUGCCAGGUGCCCCCGUGCCCAGCCCGGGUGCUGGGGCGGUGGGGUUACCAGCUGAGCCCCCCCGAGCCCGGACCCCCAGUCGGGAAGCGGAGGCGGAUUUUUAUUGCGUGAAGUGGAUCACUUGGAAAGGCGAGCGGACGCCGGUGAUCAUGCAGAGUGAGAACGGGCCCUGCCCGCUCCUGGCCAUCAUGAACAUCCUCUUCUUGCAGUGGAAGGUGAAGCUGCCCCCGCAGAAGGAAGUGAUCACGGCUGAGGAGCUGAUGGCACAUUUGGGGGAUUGCAUCUUGUCCACCCAACCCCGGGAGCCGUCAGAGGGGCUGCAGCUCAACUUCCAGCAGAACGUCAACGACACCAUGACCGUCCUCCCCAAGCUCUCGACGGGGCUGGACGUCAACGUACGGUUCACGGGUGUCUCGGACUUCGAGUACACACCUGAGUGCAUCAUCUUCGACCUCCUCAAUGUCCCGCUGUACCACGGCUGGCUGGUGGACCCCCAGAGCCCGGAGGUGGUGCAAGCCGUGGGCAAGCUGAGCUACAACCAGCUGGUUGAGAAGAUCAUCACCUGCAAACAGGCCAGCGAUUCCAGUCUGGUGAGCGAAGGGCUGGUGGCGGAGCAGUUCCUCGAGACCACGGCCUCCCAGUUGACCUACCAUGGGCUGUGCGAGCUCACGGCUGCUGUCAGGGAGGGUGAGCUCAGUGUCUUCUUCCGCAACAACCACUUCAGCACCAUGAUAAAGCACAAGGGCCACCUCUACCUGCUGGUGACGGACCAGGGCUUCCUGCAGGAGGAGAGGGUUAUCUGGGAGAGCCUCCACAAUGUGGAUGGAGACAGCUGCUUCUGCGACACUGAUUUUCAUCUCAGCCAUGCUCCGGGCAAGGAGGGGGCUGCCACAGCCCCCCCGGACCACCGGCUCCAGCAGAGACAAGUGGACCAGGAUUACAUGAUUGCCCUGUCCCUGCAGCAGCAGCAGGACCCCUCCGUGCUCAGUGACCUGGAGCUCGCUCGCCAGCUGCAGCAGGAAGAGUAUCAUCAUCAUCAGCAGCAGCAGCAGCAGCGGCAGCAGCAGGUCCCAGUGCAGGGCCGCGUGCAGCCGGGCGGCCGGCUGACUGGAGAGCGGAGGCAGCGGCAGAAGCCGGAUUUGGACUGCACCCUCCUAUAGCACCCGUGCCCGGCUCCCCGUGGGGGGCACUCCUGGGAGCCCUGCCGUGGCCCCUCUGGCUCCCAGGAGUGCCGGGGUGUGUGCUGGGGUCCCCACACCUGGAGACCCCCAACUCUUCUCCGGGGAGACCCCACGGGGGUCUCUGGGGACAGGAGUGGAGGACUCGGGUGCACAAGACGGUGUGUCCUUCCUUACCCACCGCCGGGACCACCCAAAUAUUUCCAGUGGCCUUAACACGGGGGUGCCCCACGUGGGGGGGUGUCCCACCCCAGGGUUCCCACCCCUCUGUCGCUGCUCCCAGACGCGGGGGGACACGCGUUUGGGGACGCACACGCAUCCCCGUGCCCGAAACGUGGCCUUAGCCCUUGGCAAAUAAAGGACUUGUCCCCGUG